GAUCCCGAGAUAUUCUCCGAGAGAUCCCGAGAUAUUCUCCCCGCACGGAAGCGACGACUGGCCUGGCCAGAGGACUCGCGUGGGAGCGAGGUGCCGGCCCCGACAGGACGGUGAGCCUACCCGUGUAUUACAAGAAAUCUCAAGUCAAACACUGGAAGAGAUGUCAGAAGAUUCAGAAAAGGAAGACUAUUCAGACAGAACAAUCAGUGAUGAAGAUGAAUCGGAUGAGGAUAUGUUCAUGAAAUUUGUAAGUGAAGAUCUUCAUCGGUGUGCACUUUUAACAGCUGACUCUUUUGGUGAUCCCUUCUUCCCCCGGACUACACAGAUACUAUUAGAAUAUCAGCUAGGGAGAUGGGUGCCACGUCUUCGUGAACCAAGGGAUUUAUAUGGUGUCUCUUCUUCUGGUCCAUUGAGCCCAACACGGUGGCCAUACCAUUGUGAAGUCAUCGAUGAAAAAGUCCAGCAUAUUGAUUGGACUCCUUCUUGUCCUGAGCCAGUGUAUAUCCCAACGGGCUUAGAAACGGAACCCCUUUAUCCAGACUCCAAGGAAGCUACUGUGGUUUAUCUAGCUGAAGAUGCUUACAAAGAGCCCUGUUUUGUGUAUUCCCGAGUUGGGGGUAACCAAACACCUUCGAAGCAACCUGUGGAUUACCGUGACAAUACUUUGAUGUUUGAAGCAAGGUUUGAGAGUGGUAAUCUACAGAAGGUAGUCAAAGUGGCAGAAUAUGAAUACCAAUUGACUGUACGCCCUGACCUCUUCACAAAUAAACACACCCAGUGGUACUAUUUCCAAGUCACUAAUAUGCGAGCAGGAAUAGUCUACAGAUUCACUAUUGUCAACUUCACCAAACCUGCUAGUCUUUACAGUCGGGGUAUGCGCCCACUGUUCUAUUCUGAAAAAGAGGCCAAGGCUCAUCACAUUGGCUGGCAGAGAAUAGGAGACCAAAUCAAGUAUUAUAGGAACAACCCAGGCCAAGAUGGGCACCAUUAUUUCUCUCUUACAUGGACAUUUCAAUUUCCACACAACAAAGAUACCUGCUACUUUGCUCAUUGCUAUCCAUACACUUACACCAACCUGCAAGAAUACCUUUCUGGCAUCAGUAAUGAUCCAGUACGGUCAAAGUUUUGUAAAAUACGUGUUUUGUGCCACACGCUUGCUAGGAACAUGGUGUAUAUUUUAACAAUCACUACCCCCUUGAAGAACUCUGACUCAAGAAAGCGGAAGGCUGUGAUUCUGACUGCAAGGGUCCAUCCAGGGGAAACCAACAGCUCUUGGAUCAUGAAAGGCUUCCUAGAUUAUAUUUUAGGAAACUCAAGUGAUGCACAGUUGCUUCGGGACACUUUUGUCUUCAAGGUGGUACCCAUGCUGAAUCCAGAUGGUGUGAUUGUGGGAAAUUAUCGCUGUUCCUUAGCUGGACGGGAUUUAAACCGUAAUUAUACAUCUCUCCUGAAGGAAUCUUUUCCUUCUGUAUGGUAUACCCGGAACAUGGUUCAUAGACUGAUGGAGAAACGAGAGGUUAUUUUAUACUGUGAUCUUCAUGGCCAUAGUAGGAAAGAGAACAUCUUCAUGUAUGGCUGUGAUGGUAGUGACAGAUCUAAGACAUUAUACUUACAGCAACGAAUCUUCCCACUUAUGCUAAGCAAAAAUUGUCCAGAUAAAUUUUCAUUCUCAGCUUGCAAGUUUAAUGUCCAGAAGAGCAAAGAAGGAACAGGAAGGGUGGUAAUGUGGAAAAUGGGAAUCAGGAACAGCUUUACCAUGGAGGCCACCUUUUGUGGAUCUACUCUGGGUAAUAAACGAGGCACUCAUUUCAGCACGAAAGACCUGGAAUCAAUGGGAUAUCAUUUUUGUGAUUCUCUCUUGGAUUAUUGUGAUCCCGACCGGACCAAGUAUUAUCGGUGCCUGAAAGAAUUAGAAGAAAUGGAAAGACAUAUAACCCUGGAAAAAGUCUUUGAGGAUUCAGACACACCUGUGAUAGACAUUACAUUGGAUGUAGAGUCUAGUAGCCGAGGCUCUGACAGUUCAGAAUCCAUUGACUCUCUGACUUACCUUCUCAAAUUAACUUCUCAGAAAAAACAUUUGAAAACAAAGAAGGAAAGGAAUUCUACCAUAGCAAGCCACCAAAAUGCCAGAGAAGCACAAGAGGUUUAUGAUAGAGGACAUUUGCUGCAAAGACACAAACAAUCAAAUUCUGAUGUGAAAGAUACAAGGCCAAAUGAACCAGAUGAUUAUAUGGUUGAUUAUUUCAGAAGACAGUUACCUAAUCAAGGUUUGGAUCUGCACCACAAUUUAAAAAGCAAAAUAAAAGAAUGCAUAUCUUUCCAAAGCAAGAAGACUGGCAUAAAUUGGACAGAUGAUGAAAAAAGAAGCUACAAGGAUAAAGGAAUAGUUCAAACUCAAGAAAUAUUGCAGUAUUUGCUCCCCAUCAUGCAUAGCACUAAAAACAUGCAAACCACUCAGAUGAAACAGCUAUUCAAUCCAAGAACCAACUUCCAAAUCCAACAUCAACUAAAUCCGGCUACUUGCAGAAAUGUAAAGAAAUACAGCACAUCUUGGACAGCACCCAGAAAUCACCCUUUUGUAAUCCAAGGAGAUGUUAUGGCAAACUCUUCAGAAUGGGUCCAGUCUAAGCCCCACGGGUCAUUGGAAAGUUUAUCACCUCUCAAAGGCCCCAAGAAGAAUAAACAUUCUCAAAUCUGGGCCAUAAAGAAUGAAGACAUAAAACCUCUCAGCAGCAAGUGGGAGCCUGCUUCUUCAAGCUUUGGAAUGGAUGCAAAUGUUCUAAAAUAUAAGAGUCUUCAAGCUGAAGAAACUAACCAGCAAAGCUCUAAGCAUACAGCCCUCCAUCUAACUAAAAAUAAGGAUGAGCAGGCCAGUAAGAAUGAUGGACAACCCACCUUAUAUCUGAAGUUCCAAAGGGAGAGUUAAUCUAGCUUUAUACUGCUCUGAGAACUGUGAAUGAAGGAUAACAUAUGCUUAUGUAGUAAAAAGAAAAAAAGGAAAGCCCUCCCCUUCCCCUUUCCCUAUCUCUCCUCCUACACAUGCAUAUGUAUAAACUAAAAAUUUUAGAUAUCCCAUCUUCUGUAGUGGGAACAUCUUUCAGAGAUUUAAAAAGAAAUCCAGAGAAAAUAUGGAAAAAUAUUAAAGCAGAUAUUUAUAUUUAGUUUUUAUCAGCAUGGAAAAAAAUCUCUGAAGUUUUGAUUUCUUCCAAAACUACUUACACAUUCGACACCAAAAAAACUUAAGAACUCAAAGUAGGAAUGACAUAUAAUAUGUCACUGAUUUUAACCUCCCUACUAGACACU